AUGUUUCGAUAUGACAUAUUUCUUAUUUUGCUCUUUCAAUUGCUUACACUUGUUAAUUCUUAUAAACUUAUAGUGCGUGCGCUUCAUACUGCAAAUUACGUGAAUGAUAAAAUUUACUUUCUUGGUGGUGAAACAGAUACAACAUCAUAUACCAAUGAUUUUUUUUAUUUAGACGUUUCGGCACCUUUUACUUUAGAUUCUUUGCCAAUAGUCGAUAUAACCAGCAAGGUUCAGAUUGCUAAACAUCAAAGAGCGACAUCAACCGUGUGUGGUCCUAAUAAAGAUACAAUCUUUCUGUUUGGUGGUACGAUUGAUAUUGAUGAAAGUGCUGCAUCCUUAGUUUAUGCAUUUAACAUUAGCGUUCCACAAUGGACUAAUACAAAUAUUCGAGGAACUCAACCAAAAAGACGUAAAGCGUCAUCAGUCGUAUGUGAUGGAAAUGCAAGGAUGUUUAUAUUUGGAGGUACAAACAGUGAAGGUUAUCAAAAUGAUUUUGAUAUUUUGGACACAGAUCAAUUGACUUGGUCAUUGGGAAGUAGUAAAAAUAUCCCACCUCCCAUGGAAUUGGCUACCGCAAAUUUAUUAUCGAAUGGGAAAAUCGUCUAUCUAGGUGGAUAUAGUAAUGUACAAUUUAUUAACAUGUCAAAGAUUUAUUUAUAUGAUACCAUUAAUGAUGAAUGGUUACGAAUGUUUACUACGGGCACUCCACCAAGUGGUAGAGCAUGGCACUCAGCCGUCUUAACGCAAGAUGGUCGCAUUAUUGUCUACGGAGGAGUUCCUGUUUCUCCUGAUCAACAAUUAUCGGUUCUAGAUACCACCGAAACAAUCUUUAGAUGGAGUAUUCCCGAGAUUAAAUUUACCCCUACAUAUCUUUGUUAUAAAUAUUUUGUUAGAAAUGCAAAUGCGGAAGAAACUGACCCAAUGAUUCCAAAUUUAAUUUAA